CAAAAAAGUCUAAGCCUCUUUAUGUAUCGCAUUCCUUUUCUGAUUUUACAUAUAUGAUUUAUACGGAAACUGGACUAAAAUAAAGCGGACAAAUUUGCGAGAUGUAUGUGUUCGAAUUUCGGGUGUGGACAAGGUUGAUAUUGGUAUAUAAAAUGGAACAGUCUACAUGUUUUUUGUAUAACUUGUUCGGGUUUUACAUCAAACACAUCAACCUCCUCUAAAAAUGAAUGCAUUCACUGUAGUUUUUGCUCUUGGAGCCCUAGCCUGCGUCAACGCAGGAGUAGUUUCCUUAGCCCAUGGAUAUGCCGCUCCAGGUGUAAUAGCUCAGUACGCACUCCCCUACGCAGCUGUCCUCCCAUCUGGUCAUGGUCUCGAAGGACAAUACAUUCCAGACAACCUAGAAAAGCUAUACGACGAUGGCUCAUACAGACCUCAACUUAGCGCUCUCACCCUCAGCCCAAGCCCCUAUGGUUUGACUCCAUCUGGAUCAGGAUUGGAAGGAGCCUACGUACAUGACAAUCUUGACAAAUUGCACGAUGAUGGAUCAUACAAACCCGAACUCCAGGCUUUGCCUUUGAGUGUUAGUCCUUUCGGUUUAACUCCAUCUGGAUCUGGUUUGGAAGGUACUUACGUCCAUGACCACAGUGAGAAGUUGUAUGAUGAUGGUUCCUACAGACCCGGCUUGUAUCAUUAAAUGUUAGAUUUAGAUCAUUUAUAAAUUAAUAAAUUAUAUUUAAAAAUCUA